UUUCAAUGACAUUCGGACUCGAAGGAAGAUUUUUCAUUCAAUGCUUUACUUGUAGACUGAGUCUAUGAGUCAUUCUAGAUGGUGUCGAAGGAAUAUUGUUCGUAAAUAUAGUCGGUCAUCAGUUUGAACAUUCAGCUGGGACGUAGAGUCUACGUCCCGGACAACAAAUUCAAUGGAGCGCCUGCUGACACUUUCCCUGGUACAUACGGCGAUGAUUUUCUUCUUGCUCGUCCUGUCCGCUACGAUGUGUAUGUCUGUGGGUAGAAUGGAAGAUGCAAACGAAAACAGUGACCCGAGACGCGAUCAUUUGCAUCGCCUUGAAUUGACUGCUGGUGCUCAUGGUGACCUGCGGCACAAGUCACAAGCGAAGAGAUUGCCAUGUAGAGCUGCGAGUGAAGAGCGGCAGUUUGCCAACUGCGAUAACACUAAUAUUGACCUCUACAAGUUGUUCGUCUGUCCUGCAUUUCUGGUGCCUGGUCGAAUACGGCGGGAAAUAGAGAUGUUCUCAUCACCGGAACAAUGGCUAACGGUUUCGUCUAUGUUGGCUGAGAGUAAGGGAGCAUAUCACUUUCAUGAUGGAUUGCUUCGGAUUCUGGGUCCGGGCGAGGCGAAGAUCAUUGCAGAUUUCUUCAAGCAGAGGCCCAAUAUUUCAGUUUCCAUCGAGGCAGGAGUGUACCUUUGCAAUGGAACAGACGUAGCACUUACAGCACUGCAGGAUUUGCGCAACUAUACAUCGGUGGGCGGUCGCAUCGACCAGUGGGCGCUGGAGUCGAUCUUCUCGCGUACAAUGAGUGGCUGCGAAGGCAAGUUCACAACUUUUCAGCAAGUAGCGGAACAGGCAGUGGACUAUGUUCAAGUGCUAAAGAAAGCAAUGCCUGACUUGGAGUUUGGUGUGAUUGAUGCCGUGCCGCACUUCUCCGCUGGUAAAUAUCCAUCAAACAACGAGCCUCGUGUUGAUUUGGGUGACAUCCGAGACGCUCUAUCCACGCUCAAAACAGCACUGGCUGGUGCCGGCACAGAGCUGCUAUUCUAUUGGGCAGACUGUCCAUAUGAAUACAGCUUGAAUCUGCCGGGUAACACUGGUUUUGAGAAGCUGGCUUUCAUUGCCAAUUAUACAACCAACGAGCUUGGUAUGAGAAUGGGCAAGAUCUUCAACUCGCAACAGGGAGGCAGUGUGUCAGACAAGAUGUACUAUGACCGGUCAUUGCUUGAUUACCAUGCUUACAUGAGUACUUCCGCAGCAGCAACAGACACCAGCGACAUCAUAGCCGAGAGCUGGUACAAGUUUCCAGCGCAGGUCAUCCCCGAGACACAGCCGUAUACAUUCAUGUACACAGCUAAAACUAUCUUGGAAUUGGCCAGGAAUCACACAACACGGCCGUAAACACCGGAGUGCUACUGCGGACCCUUUCGUCAUCGAUGAUUCAAUAUGCGUGUAACAUUACUUCAAUGUGUAGAGGAUCUGAGCGUUUGUCCCACCAGUCAUCGGUAUGAUGCCAGCAGGCUACUGCAGCACUGCAUUGCAGACAUACGAUUUCCCUGCCCUGUUCACCUCUCAGCUAGGUUGGAGUACGGUCGCUGCAGUAGCCUAGUAAGGUUGGAGCAAACUAUUAAAGUUACUUUUAAACAUUUGGCUGAUCCCGGUCUCACUGCUGAUCCCGGUCUCAAUGCUGAUGGGCCAGGUCCGAAACGUUGGUGUAAUGUAAAUUUUGAAUUUGAAUCGCAGUGAGGAGACCAUUUUUUGGAGUUUGGAGUUGAGAAGUGAAGUUUCCUACUUGUAAAAUGAUCCUCUCACCUAGGCUAAUGAAAUUCAUAUGCACCUGUGAUCUGUGUGUGUGUGUGUGAGGGGGGUGCGUGUGUAUGCGUUCGGAUGCCUGUGUGUGUGUGUGUGCGUGUGGGUGUCUGUGAGUGUUUAUAAAUUAUAUGUGUGUGUGUGUGUGUGUGUGUGUGUGUGUGUGUGUGUGUGUGUGUGUGUGUGUGUGUGUGUCUGUGUGUCUGUGUGGGUGUGUGCAUGCAUUCGGAUGCAUUAUAUAAUUAUGUGUGUGUGUGUGUGUGUGCGUGUGUAUGCAUUUGUAUGCCUGCUGCUGGGCGUAUGCAGUCAAUGUAUUGUGUGCCUGCACCUGAAUCUUUUCCUCCCAUUCAACACAUUCCGUGACUGUGCUGCCACCCUUAUUUCCCAUUUGCUCUGUAGUCAUCCUGCUCAUUUUUCUUCUAUUUUGGUUUUUUCUGUUUGGCACGCAUGAGCAGUGCUGAAACCGAGACCCUUGGUCGGUUUAGCUGCUCUUGCCCCGCCUCCACUGCUUCGGCUGCCAUCCCUAUGUGCAUCUCUGUGCGUUUUUGCCCUCGUUUGCACCAUGAUGGUUUGUGGUUAUCUUGUGAAAAAUGAAAAAUAAAUUAAAAAAUGUGUUCAUGA